UGGGUCUGAGCAGAGUUGAAUGAAGGGAGCGAGAGAGAGAAAAGAGAGAGAGAAGAUAAGUGUGUGUGAGAGGAGAGAGCUCACCAGUUGCCCUUAGCAGCGCAGCCUCAUUCCUCCACAGUCGGGCUUCAGUCAGAUUGUUAAUCGCGUCUCCGCUUCACUCCAAUUAACAUCCGCAGGUUCUUAAAUUCAGUUUAGCCCAUUUUUUCCUGAAGCGCGCAACUCCACUUUGCGUUGUCACCAAGUUUUCCAGCGCACAUUGAAUUCCUCCGGGGUGGAAUGAAGACAGGAAGCGGCGGGUUGAGUCCAGCGCGGCGGUCUUAAAGCGUCCUCAGGUUUUAAAAGCACGUCGGUCAUUCGACUCCAGGACGCAGAGGAUGGCAGCGCAGGCGGCGAACCGGAGCGCGCAGGAACUGCUGUCCGUGUGCGGGGAGCACGGGAACGUGAGCGUGGGGAACAUCAGCGUGGAACUUAUGGAACAGAACACGACCUGCUCCAACAGCUCGGUACUGAACCGACCGGCUCCCAGAGCCCGAGAGAUGGACUCCUUCCGCAUCCUGCUCUACACGCUCAUCUUCCUGCUCAGUGUCUUCGGCAACCUACUGAUUAUUGUUGUCUUGAUGCUGAACAAACGCAUGCGGACCGUCACCAACUCCUUCCUGCUGUCACUGGCGGUCAGCGACCUGAUGAUGGCCAUCUUCUGCAUGCCCUUCACGCUCAUCCCAAACAUCCUGGAGGACUUCAUCUUCGGGGCCACAAUGUGCAAGACAGUCACAUACCUAAUGGGCGUCUCCGUCAGCAUCUCCACCUUCAGCCUGGUGGCCAUCGCCAUCGAGCGGUACAGCGCCAUCUGUAAUCCGCUCAAGUCCCGCGCCUGGCAGACCCGCUCCCAUGCCUAUCGCGUCAUCGCCGCCACCUGGGUGGUGUCGCUGCUCAUCAUGGUGCCCUACCCCGUCUUCAGCGUCCUCAAGUCCUUCCCCAAGGGCAACGGGACGGUGGGGAACAUGUGCCGCCUGGACUGGCCCAGUCAGCAAGCAGAGCAGACCUGGUAUGUUCUGCUGCUGUUCAUUCUGUUCUUUAUCCCGGGUGUGGUGAUGAUUAUAGCCUACGGUCUGAUCUCCAGGGAGCUGUACCGAGGCAUUCAGUUCGAGCUGAGCCAGAACAAAGAGACCGCUGGCCAGAAGAAUGGUGUAGGCAGGGCUACGGCGGGGCCAAGUGAUGAUGACGAUGGCUGCUACAUCCAGGUCUCCAAAAAGCCAUCAUUUGCUGUGGAGCUUCCCACCCUCUCGUCCUCAACGACCACCAUCCUGAACAAGGCUGAGCGUGCCCGCAGCAACACCUCCGAGGCUAAGCUGCAAGCCAAGAGGCGAGUCAUCCGCAUGCUGAUGGUGAUCGUAGCUCUCUUCUUCAUCUGCUGGAUGCCCUUGUACUCGGUUAACACCUGGAAGGCCUUCGACCCCAAGUCCGCCGCCAUCGCCCUCACUGGAGCGCCCAUCUCUUUCAUCCACCUGCUGUCCUACACGUCGGCCUGUGUCAACCCCAUCAUUUACUGCUUCAUGAACACUCGUUUCCGCAAGGCUUUGCUAUCCACGUUCGCCUGCUGCUGCCGCAACCGCCUUUGCCGCCGGAUCUGGUGGCGCCAGAGGAGAGAGGGGGAAGAUGGCAUCAACGCCACCUCCAUGGGCACAUCCAUGGUGACCUCCAUGUCCAAGUUCAGCUACACCACUGUCAGCACCGUUGGUACCUGCUGAGCCUGAAGGGGAGUGAGGUGGUCGCAUCGGGGGCUGUCAGCAGGCAUCGUUGAGUGCACCAUCUGUUUUUUCAACCUUCCCGUUUGUCAGUCCUCAUCCUAAUAUGCUGUGAGUCACGAGCUGAGUAAUAUCCACGUCCUCAUUUAAAGGCCUCUCUGAAAAGGUCCUGCUCAAAUUCUGUGUGCAUGAUUGCAGAAAGCAAGGCGUGGAAAGCGUCGUUUCAACGUGGUGACAUUCUUUUACCUCUUAAUUGGCAGCAACCGCCUUAUUGCAUCCAAAAAGAGAACAUCAAGUGCCUGUGCUCUUGUAGCUUUGUCUGUCAUGAUUUCUUGUUCAUUUGGUGGAAUGAACUUCUCUUGGUUGAAACAAAAGUUACAAACUGUAUACAUAAAUAUCGUCUUUAUGUUGUGAAUGUGCCAAUGAAAAAUGUUUUGUCUGAAAAAUUUCUCAUAACUCCUUCAGCUUCUUUUGAGUUCAUUGCUGUGUCACACCAUGAUUUUUUGUGAAAGUCUGCUGUGCCUUACAAAGGUACUAAAACCUCUUGAGCUUUUUCAGCUUCUGUCAACUGCAAACAGAAAUGUAGCAAAACCAACUACCGCACAAUUUUUGGCAUUAAGGAAAAAGUAUACAUUUUUAUUUAACAAAUAAAUAUCUGAAAAGUAGAAAGUCCUUUAUUUAUCCCAACAGAUUCAAUGAAUAAUUGAGAUAUAUUGAAAAGUGUUAUAGUUUCAUAAACUAACCAUAUUUUAAAUGUCUCUCUGCAACUUUCUCCUUGACCUUUGGCGGCGUUUGUUCAAUAAUGUUCAGCUAAGUUUAUAUUUGUAUUAAAUUAUUUAUAGCUAGGAUUACUAGCUACAAAUGAGGCAAUUGGUUGCAUCAGAUUUCAUUUAUGGGUGUUAGUGUGAAGGAUACUGAGUACAAAUACAUUACUGUUAUAAUUCUGUCGUUCAAAAACAUAAAAACCCAAUGAAAUAAAUCAAAAUUAGUGCCUCUUGCAAGACAUAAAGGAAAAAUUCAAGUUUUUAGGUGUAUUAUCACCUUUGUAAGGCAUUGCAUUGUCAUUCAGUGAAUAAUAUAUUUUCUAAAAGAAAUCAUUUGGACUUUCAACCUAGCUGCCCAGAAUCAAUUACAUUGAAAUAACUGAAGACUACUGUAUGAGCACGGUUCUCUUUGUCUGCUUAAGAAGAAUAGCUAAGGAGAAGAGCCAAAGAAAGUAUGUAAAUUUAUAAAAAAAGGUAGAAUUCAAAUGUUUUGAAUUAUCUGAGUCCAAAAAAGGAGCCAAAAUAAAGUUUUUCCUUUGUCAUGUUUCUCAAGCAGGCAUUGCGAGAUGUGUGAAAUGCUAGCAUGUUGUAAGUAUGCAGUGUAAUAUUCCAUUGCAAAUAUCCACAAGUUUUGAAAACUCUUCAUUUUUUCAAUUUCAAUUUUCUCUGUUAGUGUCUUUUCUGAGCAUCAGGCACAACGUGGAACAGUUUAUCCCAAAGGGUUUUUCAGGCAUUGCAAAGGACAGACAUUAGGUGUGCUAGCAAGAAAGGAACAUGUUGCUUCUCCCUAGAAUGGGAGAACAUUACUAUAGGUUGAGAUUUUGUUGGAAAUAAAAAGAAGAAAGAUUGAUCACUA